AUGGGCCUGAGCGCCGUGCAGGGCGAGGCGAAGGCAACGAAGGCGAAUUACUACCAGCUCUUCAGCUUCAAGAACCCAGGUAUUGUCAGCUUCGACAUCCAGGGACUCCUAGAGGACAACGACUUGGAUCUGGGGGUGAAGAUCGAGUUUGGACCCUUCGGGACGCCGACAAAGAGGAUCCGGCUGGUGAACGUCGUGGAGCAGUUCCAGAUCGUCCUUGCGGCCAUGCCUUUCGUGUCCGAAAGCAGCAAAAGAAAAGCCCUGGACGCCUUGCGCGACUUCGGGAAGAAAGAUGUCAGCUCGGUGGUCAGCAAGGUUCCACCUCCCGGCCUCACUCCUGGUUCCACUAUUGGCCUGAAGGGGGAGUGGACUUGGGAACGCUUCACCGUGGUCGACGCCGGGAACGGGGAGAUCGCUCUUCACAACACCCUCCACAACCGCUUCGUCCGGAUGAACCAGGCUGCAGCUGACCUCCCCGCCGAAUGGAGUUGGGAACGAUUCACUGUGGUCUACGCCGGAAAUGGAACGAUCGCUUUGCACAAUCGUGCCCACAAUCGCUUCGUCGCGGUGUCCGACCAGGGAGUGGCCUUCCGCAGCAUCACGAAGGAUGCAUCAGACCUUCCGGCUGCCAUGAUCUUUGAGCGCUUCCGUGUGCUGCAGGUAAAGCCUUUCCUGGAGCCGGGCUCCGUAGUGGGCCUGCACUGCGCUCGAUGGAACCGGUUUCUCCGCAUGAACGACCAGGCCCCAGCCUCUAUCGGGUUUGAGGGUUAG